AUGAUCGUGGUAACUACAAUCCAACAGGCUCUGCGUCCAUUCCUCGUUAUGUGCUUUAUUGUCGGUUUAGGAUUUUACCCCGGAAAACAACCAAGGAUUUGGUGGACUGCGUAUUUAAGUAUUCUAUACUCUCUGACACUAUGGUUUACUUAUGCUUAUCUCUUUUAUUAUAUAAUAAUUCUCUUUAAAAUCGAAAUACUAUUUCGGACCUCAGUUGUUAUAAUCGUUACGGAGAUUAACAUCUUUACCUUGGUUGUGUCCGUGAUUAUGAGCUUUUAUCAUCGAAAGAGAUUUGCUACGUGCUUGAAGAAGCUUGCAGCUGUAGACGAUACCUUGGAAGAACUGGGAACUCCAAAAAUGUAUCGAAAAAUAUAUAUAUGGUCGAAAAGAGUAGUAAUUGUGUGGAUCAUGUACAGUAUGACUGUAAAUGUGUAUGAGUCACUACUGUGGCAAAAUUUGAAUGAGACUGUUUCUUGGGGACUAUAUCUGCCUUACAUACUAAAUCAUUCUCUUCACAUUAAUACGCUCGUGGACUUAUUAUUUACCUUCAUCUUAUGGUAUAUUGGCACUAGAUUUGAUAAGAUAAGCGAGCACAUACGGUAUCUGUCAGUGAGAGAAGAGCGUGGACUGAAAUGUACAUGGAAGAAACCUGUGGUCGGUCUUCACCGAUAUAUUAUGUGUACUGAUAACCAUAAACAGAUACUGUGGAUCUCAAUGCAUCUUCACUUAGAAUUAUGUCACCUUGCUCGCGAACUGAAUUCAAUAUUUGGAACACAAAUAACUUUUGAAAUGGCAUCCUAUCUUCUAUAUUUAACUGCACUAUGUUAUUACUUGUGCUUGAUGCUAAUACGGAAACAAUCAGAUGAAGAAAUACAUUCAUUAACACAUAGAAUUGCGAGAGUCUCCGUUAUUAUGAUCGACACUGUAGAAAAGGCGCUAAGUCCUAUUUUCUUAGCCGCCUCUUUUUUAGGUUUCGGAAUUUUUAGAUAUCCUUUAAACCAGCCUAGAUAUCGCUUGAGUAUUUUCUAUAUAUUAACUGUGUGGAGUGUUUAUGCUUAUGUGUUAUAUUAUAUGAUGACCUAUCUGUUUUUGAAAGGAGUAUAUACUGGAUUAAUAACUUUUGGGAUGACAGUAAAUUUGCUUGCAGCAAUAACAUCCAUAAUUAUUACCAUUUGCAAGUAUGAGAAAUAUCGGCAGUAUACAAGAAAGUUAGAUCUUGUGGAUGAUACAUUGGAAGAGCUCGGUAUACCCAAAAAAUACUAUAAAAUUAGAAAUUUGACAAGAAAAGCGUUGAUUAUGUGGUUUUUAAUGAUUUGCAUAACAUGGACUUUGGAUUCUUUAGUGUGCAUAGGAAUGCUCCAUGAUACAAGGGCCAUAUUUAUGCCUUUCGUUGCGUCUUAUUCUAUACACGUUAACAGCAUCACGGAUAUAACGUUUAUUCUUCUUCUAAGAUAUAUCGGUGAUAGGUUAGAUAAAAUAAACGAUCAUAUUAAGCAACUAUCAGAAACAGAAGACUGUGGACUAAGAUGCAA